AUGUCAGAGACGUUAGAAUCUUAUCAAAAACGAUGGGGUCAUCUAAGAAAAGUUUUAGAACGUCCCGGGCCCUUUAGUCAUCCCGAGUUUGAACCGUCUUCAGAGAUUUUAGACUUUAUUAUGACGUCUUGUAAAAUUUUAGUAAUAGGAGCUGGAGGUUUGGGCUGUGAAUUACUUAAGGAUCUUGCAUUGAUGGGUUUUAAAAACAUCCAUGUAAUAGACAUGGAUACAAUUGAUUUGUCGAAUCUCAACAGACAGUUUUUAUUUAGACAUAAAGAUAUUGGUUCUUCAAAGGCUGAAAUAGCGGCUAGUUUUAUUAAUAAAAAGGUGCCUGGCUGUCAGGUUACUCCGCAUUUCUGUAAAAUACAAGAUUUUGAUGAAAGUUUUUAUAGACAGUUUCAUAUUAUAGUUUGUGGUUUAGACUCGAUAGUGGCUAGGAGGUGGAUUAAUGGAAUGUUGGUAUCUUUGCUUAAUUACGAAGAUGAUGUUUUAGAUCAGCAGUCAGUAAUACCAAUGGUAGAUGGAGGUACAGAAGGUUUUAAAGGAAAUGCACGUGUGGUCCUUCCAGGAAUGAGUGCCUGUAUAGAAUGUACAUUAGAUCUCUAUCCACCUCAAGUUAACUAUCCUUUAUGUACUAUAGCCAACACUCCUAGACUACCAGAACAUUGUAUAGAGUAUGUUAAAGUCAUAAUGUGGCCAAAGGAAAAUCCAUUUAAUACAAGUUUAGAUGGUGAUGAUGCUCAGCACAUUUCUUGGAUUUAUGAAAAGUCUGUUGAGAGAGCACUGCAAUUUAAUAUUCCUGGUGUUACAUAUAGGCUUGUACAAGGAGUUGUAAAGCACAUUAUUCCUGCAGUAGCAUCUUCUAAUGCUGUCAUAGCUGGAGUAUGUGCUACAGAGGUUUUUAAAAUAGCUACGAGUUGCUGUGUACCACUCAAUAACUAUAUGGUUUUUAAUGACGUAGAUGGCAUCUAUACUUACACUUAUGAAGCUGAAAGAAAAUCUGAUUGCUUAGUUUGUUCUCAGACACCUCAAGUAAUGGAAAUCAAUGAUCCCAAUACGAUGAAGCUUAAGCAACUAGUAGAACUACUGUCAGAAAACACGUCAUACCAAAUGAAGAGCCCAGGUCUAACAACAAUUAUAGAUGGAAGGAACAAAACAUUAUAUAUGUCAACAAUCAAAAGUAUUGAAGAGCGAACUAGAGAUAAUUUGAAUAAAAGUUUAGUUGAGUUAGGUUUAAGAGAUGGUCAAGAUAUUUUAGUUGCCGAUGUAACUUCUCCUACUACUUUAAUUAUUAAGUUGAAAUAUUUGGUUGAUGAUGUCGAAAUGAAAUAA